AAUAAUUAGAAGAAGAGAUAAUGUUUGGAGCCUUGGUUGGUUCUUACUUGUUACUUUGCUUCGUACGGAUUUGAAGGCUUUACCUCACCGGAGCUUCCAAGUAGAAGACGACACUGAGUCACUGACACAGGGAUACAAAUUAUGGCGCCUUUUGGCGGGAAAUCUUUAGCGGACGUUGUUUCUGGCAUCGGAGGGAAUGGUGUUGGCGGGGCUCUGGCUGCGGUGGCCGCCGCUCUGUUGGUCCGCCUCUUCGCUGGACCUGGCAUCGCUCUCUUACCUGAAGACGAAGCUGAAGAUGAUUACGCUGAGACGGAAGACGGUGGUGGUGAUUCAAUUCGUCCGGUGACAAUCCGUUGGAGGAACAUCACCUGCUCGCUCUCCGAUAAGUCCUCCAAAUCGGUGAGGUUUUUGUUGAAAAAUGUAUCCGGAGAAGCAAAACCUGGGAGGUUGCUAGCGAUUAUGGGUCCUUCUGGUUCUGGGAAAACAACAUUGCUCAAUGUUUUAGCAGGACAGCUUAGUUUAUCUCCACGUUUGCAUUUGUCAGGUCUCUUGGAGGUUAAUGGCAAACCGAGCUCUAGCAAAGCUUAUAAGCUUGCGUUUGUGAGACAGGAGGAUCUCUUCUUUUCUCAGUUAACUGUCAGGGAAACACUUUCUUUUGCAGCCGAGCUUCAGCUUCCGGAGAUCUCUUCUGCUGAGGAGAGGGAUGAGUAUGUCAACAACCUCUUGCUCAAACUUGGUCUGGUCAGCUGUGCAGAUUCAUGUGUUGGCGAUGCUAAAGUUCGUGGGAUCAGCGGUGGAGAGAAGAAGCGGCUGUCACUUGCGUGUGAAUUGAUCGCUAGUCCCUCUGUCAUAUUUGCUGAUGAACCUACCACUGGGCUUGAUGCCUUCCAGGCUGAGAAAGUGAUGGAGACAUUGCAAAAGCUUGCACAGGAUGGACAUACUGUGAUCUGCUCCAUACACCAGCCUAGAGGUUCGGUGUACGCUAAAUUUGACGACAUUGUGUUACUUACAGAAGGAACUCUAGUCUAUGCCGGCCCUGCAGGAAAAGAACCUCUGACAUAUUUCGGGAACUUCGGGUUCCUUUGCCCUGAGCAUGUGAACCCUGCUGAGUUUCUUGCUGAUCUUAUAUCUGUUGACUAUAGCUCUUCGGAAACGGUCUACUCUUCGCAGAAGAGAGUACAUGCUCUUGUUGAUGCAUUCUCCCAGCGUUCAUCAUCGGUUCUUUAUGCCACUCCCCUCAGCAUGAAAGAAGAAACAAAGAACGGCAUGAGACCUCGCAGAAAAGCCAUUGUUGAGAGAACAGAUGGUUGGUGGAGGCAGUUUUUCUUGCUGCUUAAACGUGCAUGGAUGCAGGCUUCUCGGGAUGGGCCAACAAACAAAGUCCGUGCAAGAAUGUCUGUUGCAUCUGCUGUGAUAUUUGGGUCUGUUUUCUGGAGAAUGGGGAAGUCUCAGACGUCAAUUCAGGACAGAAUGGGUUUGCUUCAGGUUGCUGCAAUAAACACGGCAAUGGCAGCUCUUACAAAGACAGUUGGUGUCUUUCCUAAAGAGCGUGCCAUAGUGGAUAGAGAACGAUCCAAAGGGUCUUAUUCUUUAGGCCCUUACCUGCUCUCCAAAACAAUAGCUGAAAUUCCUAUUGGAGCUGCAUUUCCUUUGAUGUUUGGUGCUGUACUAUACCCCAUGGCUCGCCUUAAUCCCACUUUGUCAAGAUUUGGAAAAUUUUGUGGGAUAGUGACUGUGGAGUCAUUUGCUGCGUCUGCAAUGGGUCUAACUGUUGGAGCUAUGGUCCCAAGCACAGAAGCUGCAAUGGCCGUGGGACCAUCUCUCAUGACAGUUUUCAUCGUAUUUGGAGGUUACUAUGUCAAUGCAGACAACACCCCAAUCAUCUUCCGUUGGAUUCCUCGUGCUUCAUUGAUCAGAUGGGCCUUCCAGGGACUCUGUAUCAACGAAUUCAGCGGCCUCAAGUUUGAUCAUCAGAACACUUUUGACGUCCAAACUGGAGAACAGGCGCUAGAACGACUGUCGUUUGGAGGAAGGCGGAUAAGGGAGACGAUAGCAGCUCAAAGCCGGAUUCUGAUGUUCUGGUAUAGCGCCACGUACCUUCUCCUGGAGAAAAACAAGCCAAAGUAUCAAAAGCUAGAGCUUCUUGUUGACAAUGGAGAAACUGGUAAUUCAGGAGUCCAACUGGAUAAAGCAGAGGUUGAUCAAACGGAGAAACCUGAAGACGAUGAUAUCAAUCAACCACUUGACGAUCAAAAUCAAACAUCGGAUUCGGAUGAUGAGCUUGACGAAAUCCGUCCCUUUGUCCUCGAAGGUUUGUAAAAUUGUAAUUGUUAAUAAUCAUCCCAAUACAAAACAACAACAACACAGUAAACUAAAGGUGAAAGAAAGAUCACUAUACAUACACACACACUUGUGAUAACUUUGUCACUUACUGUUAAUAAAUUCGAGCUUAGUGGUGAUAAUGGAUUCAUCUCCAUUGUUCAGCAGGUAGCAAAGUGUGAGAAUAAAGGGAUUCGAAUAAAAGUGGUUGCUCCUCUUACCUCUCUUUGCCUUUAAACCAAUGUAAGACUCGACUAAUCUCCUGUUUAGCACUAAUUAUUCAUAAGUUUGUAUUAGAUUUAAGAGAAGAAAAGGUCUAAUGCGGUGACUUCCAAAAACAAUGUGAGGAAGGAGAGAAAACGUAUAGAGAGAUGUGGGGAACUUUGAACAUUGGCUUGAAAACUCAACUGUGCUAACGUCAGGAUCGACGUCUGAAGAAGUUUCUGA